AUGUUCUUCGAGGACCACCUGGACGAGUCCCUUAGCAGGGACAACAGCCCUGACGCCGUCGCUGACCGACGAUCAACUGGCAAUGCGGACAGCAGUGAAGCCCCCCGACUCCCCUCCUCAGCUGCCCUCAGUGGCCUUCUCAAGUCCAUCAUUCAGGCGACGGAGAAUGAGCGCUGUGCACCGGAUAUUCUGCCCUACCCCGAGGCAGUUGUGGACGGCGUGGCCGCUCAGAUAGCAGCACAGAACGAGCAGAUUAGACGUUUGAGUGCGGAAGAAAGGCGGCAAACAGCCGAGAGAGACCCUGGUACAUCGCUGCUUCCUUUUCAGCCUUCUGAUAUUAUGGCACUUGAGGUGCAACGCGCUCAGUUCUUUCUUUCAGAACUUCUGCGCUGUCGUCUGCGGAAAAUUGAGUCGUUGGCCUUGUCUAUAUAUUACGAGGGCCAGGCGAAUAGCGAUGCACCGACACAGCUGCGGGAAAGGUUGUCGCACAACGAAGUAAUUGUUGCCGACCGACUCGCUGAACUGAUGUCCAAGUAUGUUCUUCAGGCUGGUUUGCAGUCCGCUCCAGCAGAGCUGCAGUACCUUGUCCCGAACCCCCCGUACGCGGAGGGGGUUGAGCUGCUGCCCGUGCCGGACUUGGAUCAGUACGUCUUUUGUGUCGUCUUGGACGACCUCGGCGUGGUGCGCUUGGGCGAAGAUGCGGAGCAAACAGUCCAUGCUGGCGAGAUCUUUCUAGUUCCCUAUCGUGCUUUCCGUCCGUACAUUUUGGAUGGGCGGGUGAGCUUGGUCUAA